ACCACGACAUUAUUUAGUUUAUAAAACAAUGAAAACAAAUAGGAAGCUCCUUCUCUUCGCCCAAAUAAAAUUGAUUUAAGUAAAUUUAAUCGGUAUCUUUUUCCAUCUGGUGCUUCCCUAAUAAUUAUGAUUUUUUUUUUGGGUCAAUUCAGUCUUAAGUUUGGAGUAGAUAGGGACCGAAUUGGGCACAUAAUUGUUUAGAUUUUCCCUUUAUCUCUGACACGUAAAAACGUUAUUAGCAGUAACUAGUUCAACAUUUUCAAAUACAACUUUGUUUUUAUUUCCUUGAUUACACUUUUUGCUUACUUCCCCACCUAUAUUCUGCAUUAUUAUUUAUGAUACAUAUGUAAAUAAGUAUAAUUAAAUCUGGAUACAAAUCACGAUUCUCAUCCAUUUAUAAAUUUUAUUAACCAUAAUGGUACCUAAAAAUCUUGUUUUUAUUCAAGUUUGAGCUUUGUGUUUACCAUUUUGCUCCGAGUCUCCGUAAGAUAUGGGUGUAAGCAUUGAUAGAACAUUUGUGUUUUUAAGCUUUCUGUGUUUAGUUUUGUGUGACCUAAAUCUUGAAGAAGAUGAACCUUGUGUAACUGAUGGUCUCAACGGAACGUGUGUCGGAAUAUUUCGGUGUCCCUCCGCAUCCUUGACGUACCUUUAUGCCAAUGCGGGGUACAUCAAGUCACCUAAUGAAAUAUUUGACUACCCGGACCUGCCAGAUAUUUGUUCAUAUAAGAACAAUGAACCUGUAGUCUGCUGUACUGAUUGUGGUAUUUCUAAAGAAGAACCGUUCCGCCAUACUUCCAUAGGACCUCUGGGGGUUACUAAAGAUAAUACAGGUCCUAUUUCGUGGUCGAAAUGUCUAGAUUAUUUCAAGAUGCUGCCCUACCCGUGUCGGGGUAUUGGGAAUUUCAGAGUGCGAAAAAUGUGGCAAGAAGAGAAAAAAUGUCAUGCGUACGGAUUAGAUGUAGCUCUAGCUGUGGGAGGCAGAGAUGCACAAAGAUGGGAAUUUCCUCACAUGGCUCUACUUGGGUACGGAGAUGACGAGGAUUCUGCGCAGUGGCUGUGUGGAGGAACUGUGAUCAGCGAGAGAUUCAUCCUCACUGCAGGGCACUGUAUAUCUACCAGACUACUGGGUAACGUCUCAUUUGCUGCACUUGGGAUGCUGAAACGUACUGACCCGCAGGAAUUAUGGAGCAUACAUAAAAUCAAGAGAAUCAUCCGCCACCCUGAAUACAAACCUCCUUCCAAAUAUCAUGAUAUUGCACUUUUGGAGACAGAAACUGAGAUAAAUUUUGGCAGAAACCUCCUGCCAGCAUGUCUGGAUACAGGAAUGAAUAAAGAAGCCACGGCUGAGGCUUCUGGCUGGGGCCGUUUGGGCAGCAGGAAGGAUUUAGCUGAUACACUACAAGUAGUGACUCUCCAGGAGUUUGAGGAUAAAGAAUGUGCAGCUCUCUUCCCACAGCACAGACUCCUGAGCCACGGAUACGAUCAUGAUACACAAUCGUGUUACGGCAACCAUCAGGAGAUAAUCGACACUUGUGAGGGUGACAGCGGCGGUCCCCUCCAGACGAAUCAGUUCAAAUGCCAGUACACAGUGGUCGGAGUGACGUCAUUCGGCAAAGAAUGCGGUAUCCUCGGCUCGGCUGGCAUGUACACCAGGGUCUCAUACUACGUAUCCUGGAUCGAAGGCAUCGUCUGGCCUGAGGAGACAGAGAAACGCAUGAUAAAGGACAAUCUUUGGCUUGACAAGUGGCUAAAUGCUGCACCCAAAUAGAUAAUUAUAACGACAUUAUUUAAUUUUAAAAAUAAGAUUUAUUAAAUUUUAGUGUAACUUUCGUGAGACAUACUAAAUUAAUUAUUAUGUUAUCGGCUUACUCACAUAACUGUUUGACGAGGAACUCGACUAGUUU